GCGUCUGGCAAGAACCAGAUGUUCUUUUGCAUCAGAGAACAAGACAUAAAGCUCCCAAAGCAUCCCGAUUUCCCCUCCCUGCCGCUUUAAGAAAAGCAAAGCAUAAUCCAUUCCUUAAUAACCCGGUGUCGUGGCCGCCGCCCACUCGAUCGAACCAGCUGCAGCGUUGCAGGACGAACAAAAUGCACAUCAAGCGGAUGCUUCCCCAGCACGAGCACACCACCUGACUGAUCACAACCCUCGCGGAGGCCGGCAGCGCACAUCGCUGGAGAGUCCAGCCAUGUCGUCGGGUCCGGCGAGGGGGGCCAGCAGUAGCAGCGCGGGCGAGAGCCUCCGGAACUCCUGCAACGACUUCGCCCGCACCCUGGCGCGGCUGCCGGCCAGCAUCAUGGAGGGCUUGUCGAGGUCGAUCCCUCGCCGCCGGAGCCACCACUACCCGGCCGCUCCCCACCGUCUCCAGCCACCGCCGCAGGCGCCGCCUCCGCUUCUUCCUCCGCCGUUCGUCCCCGAGGAGCUCGUCUUCUUCAGCAUGCUCGAGCAGCAGUACGGCGCCCACCACCCGUUCUUCUACGGGUGCCGCUUCGCCGACACCCUGAGGGCCGCGCGGAGGGAGGGCAAGCUCGUCUUCGUCUACCUCCACGACCCGGCCCACCCCUACACCGAGCCCUUCUGCCGGAGAACGCUCUGCAGCGACGUCGUGGUGGAGUUCCUCGACGCCAACUUCGUGUCCUGGGGAGCCGUCGCCGGCAUGGGGGAGGGGCCGGGCAUGGUGGCGUCGCUGCAGCCCGGCAGCUUCCCCUUCUGCGCCGUCGUCGCCCCCGUCUCCGACGAAAGCAUCGCAGUCCUACAACAGGUGGAGGGGCCAGUGUCGCCGACAGAGCUUGUGGAAAUCUUGCAGCGCACCAUUGACGAGCAGGGUGCGGCUUUCAGAGCCUCCUCCAGGCCUGACGAGCAGGCUGCAGCCGUCAGAUCAGACAGAACGGCCGAGGAAGAAGAGAGGAGGAGAUCCGCCCAACGACUACGACAAGAGCAGGACGCAGCUUACCUCGAGUCGCUUCGCAGGGACCAGGAGAAAGAAAGAUCCCGCAAGAGUCUGCAAGAGGGAGCUGCCAAGCCGAGGGCAGGCAGCCAGCUUCGCCCAAAACAUCCUGGCCAUGGCCAGGCAGCACGACAACCUACCAAGACGACUCAGAGUCAGAUCAGAGCAUCCCCUCAGAAGGAACCUGCAGCUUCACAAAGAACUGAACCGAAUACCAAGAUCAUGAUAAGGUUUCCCAACGGUGAGAGAAGGCAGCAGAGCUUCCGUCACACGGACACCAUCAGGGAUGUCUACAGGUAUGUGGACUCCUUGGGCAUACCAGGCAUCGGAAGCUACCAGCUCGUGAGGAGCUAUCCAAGGAAGACGUACGGUCAUCAGCAGCUGGGGAUGACCAUUGGAGACGCAGGUUUCUAUCCGAGUGUGGCAUUGUACAUUGAGCAGCUUCAGUAAUCAUGCUUCUAAUCGUCAAACUGGCAUAAAUUUCAAGCAAAUUAUGCGCUGCAAGAUCUGAAGAUACACAUGCAAAAAUUUAGAUAAUUAUCUCUGUAUACAUAUUUAUUCAGUGAAAAGCAGGUAAAAGAUGUCCCAUAUCCAUAUGUAUGUUUGAUUCUACAA